AUGUGCCACCCUCCUCAGCACGCUCCCCGUGAGGGCGUGACGAUGACGGUCCAGAUGCUGCAGGAGGAGGUGCGCAUGGAGGGGUGCUGGCAGUGUCGCAGGAUGAUGGAGAAGACGGAUAAUCAUCGGAACGACUUGCUGUUGCAGGAGAUGCUGGCCGUGGAGAGAGAUAUGAAGAGGGCGGAGGAGAGGGCGAGGGCGAAGGAGGUUGAAGAGAUGCUUCCGGAUGAUGACAUGGAGGGGGAGGCCGAGUUUGUGGAAGAUCAGAUUUAA